CUCCACUAUCUGCGGCUGCCCAAGGACAUCAGCGAAGACCACGUCAUCCUGAUGGACUGCACGGUCUCCACGGGCGCAGCGGCCAUGAUGGCAGUGCGAGUGCUGCUGGAUCAUGAUGUCCCAGAAGACAAGAUCUUCCUCCUUUCCCUGCUUAUGGCGGAGAUGGGUGUCCACUCAGUCGCUUACGCUUUCCCCCGGGUGAAGAUCAUCACCACAGCUGUGGACAAGAAGGUGAAUGACCUUUUCCGGAUAAUCCCUGGCAUCGGGAACUUUGGGGAUCGGUACUUUGGGACGGACGCUCCUCCCGACUGGAGCGACGAUGAAGAUGCUCUGAGCACUUAGCUGGAUGUGGAGAUGGCCCAGGCGCCAGGCAGCUUCAGCACCGCACCUUAACCCCUCUGUCCAUUGCAGAUUGCUCCUCCCUCCUCACCAAGCAUAGAUAUUUUUUUUUUUCAAAUCUUAUUACAUUGAAGAUCUAGGGCAUAUUUUUUCAAAGAAACACAAAUCCUAGUUUGACUUUGCGGACGGUCGCGUGUCCCGGCGUAGAGCGGAGUUAAUUUAUUUUAAUUUAAAUAUUUGCCUAUAUAACUUAUUGGAGAUAUUUUAUAAAGAAAAAAUAAUAAAUUUUUUCUCUGGUUUUCUUGAA